GUGCGGGAACUCUCAAGUCAACUGUGAUUUGUCAAAACAACACUAAAAAUCAAUCGAAAGGAUCCACUUUAUUAACAGCGUCUAAUGCAGCAGAAAGUAAAAUAUAUUCAAAAUGUGAUGGGGCGUGGCAAAGUAUCAGGUUUUGUUGCUAUAAAAAGUGUUAACUAAACAGAGGAGGAGACAUAAGCAGCUUUAGCCGUGAAGAAAAACAGCAUUCUUCCAAGAACCUUUGAGCUUAUAUGGAAACACAGCAUUCAGCCAUGAAGUUUCAAAUUCUGGUUUUGAUCCUGCUGUUGGCUUGCAUGUAUCCCAGUGUCGCACAAGGUUCUCCCUAUGAAAACUGCUGUUUGAAGUACAUUGUAGGAGUGAGGAAGAACAUGAGAAGAAAUAUUGUGAGUUAUAGAGUGCAGGAAACAGAUGGAGGGUGCAACAUUCCUGCUAUUGUUUUCAAGCUGAAGAAGCAAAGGACGCUCUGUGCUGAUCCGAAACAAUCCUGGGUGCAAGAACUCAUGCAGAAAAUAGACAAGAAAAACACAGGCACUAAGUAGUGUACGAGUUUCAGAGACAGAUUUGAUCACGCCACUGCAGACAAACCCAAAAAUGUUUAUAUGACCAACACACUAAAAUAACAAUAUGCAGUUUAUAACACCAUCACUCCUGCUGAUUCAUAUAUUUUCUACAUCAGACUAUGAAUUGCUAUCUUCAUGCCGAGGUUCAUAAUGAACUGUAUUGGUUUGCUUCUGUUCAUUGUAUUAGAACAAUAUGAAUGUAUGAACUAUGAAUGUUUGCUCUUGUUUCCAUGCUCCACAAUGAGUCUUUUUACACUUUAUGUAUAUAUUUUUGCCCUUUUUUGAUGUUUUAGUCGAAUAUACAUGUAACCUGUGAACUGCAGAGCCUGCAUUUAAGUGUGUGUGUGUGUGUGUGUGUGUGAGUUCUUGUAUACAUGGUUUAUGAGGACACAAAUGUGUAUAAUGACAUGGGUAUUACAAUGUAAACAUGGUUUAUGAGGACACUUCCUGUGUCCAUGUAAACCAAAUGGCUUAGAAACAUACUAAACAGCGUUUGUUUUGUUUUUUGUUUUUUUGAAAUUCAAAAAAAUGCAAACAGUUUUCUGUGAUGGGUAGGUUUAGGGGUAGGGGUAGUGCAGGGGGAUAGAAUAUACAGUUUAUACAGUAUAAAAACUAUUACAUCAGGGGCGUUUCCUCCGAGGAGGCAGUGCCUCCUCAAAAAAAAAAAAAAAAAAAAAAAAAAAAAAAAAAAUAGGAUGAGAAAAUAAUCCAUAUUACAUAUAAAACAACACAAAUAUUACAAAUUAUGACAUUAAAAAGAGCGCAAGUCACUCGUAUUUCUUAAGGAACGCUGCCCAACAGCGACACCCGCAGGUAAAGUUACAGCAGGAGUCGUGCCUCCCUUUGCUCUCAUAGAAAUCCAUCAGACCCCCGGCGUGCGGUGGGUUUUGUUGGGGGGUAAUUGAGAAUGAAUGGGGGAAAGUCACGUGAGAGGAGGCAACGUCUCCAUCGCGCUAUGAUUGGAUGUAAUUGGUUAUGAUUGGAUAUGAUUGGUUUGUGCGAUAAAUCCCACCUCUUGUUUACGUGCACGUUCCGCGCGUCAGUUUGAAUGAACAAAUGAUGGCGUCAAUGGGAAGACUAAUUGAAAAGUAAGUAAACAGAUCACCCAGUUAGAUAUCACCGCUUUAUGUCACGUCAAAAUCAAACUUGAAAUGGACUGAAAACACGAUGACUGCGGGGUUUUUUAGUGCAAUAAGCUUGGUGAAAUUAAAAAUACAAUUCGUGUUUACGGAGCAUGACUGAUGAAUUAAAAAGUAAAACAUCAAUACACAAAUAAAAUAUAUUGUUUAAAUUA